UCAGGUCUUUCCUUAUUGGUCAUUGUUCAGAUAUCCGCCAUAUUCAAAGAAUUUCAAACAUCUGUCUACUGUUCUUAUAAUUUUUAAAUAAAUAGUUAGCUAUUAUUCUCACCUUCAACAUUGAUUUCUGGUUCUGCAUUUCAAAUGGAGGAAACCAAUGAAGGACAGGUCCAAAGUUCGAUACCAGAGAAACAGAAUGACAGACCGAAGAGAAAGGCAAACAAGAAGAGGAAGUUCUCCGUCGAUGAUGAGACGUCCGGCGAGAGCAAUAACAAUACCAAAUCAAGGCCUGGACUGAGAAGAGGGAGCUCCUUCACCUUCCUCACCCCUGGACCUCAAUGGGACUUCAGUCUGAAGCGGAAGAUCAGAGAGAAGGAUGACUCUGAUGCAGUCAGCCUGUGCAGCUUUGACUUCAAGGAACCCAGCAACAAGCGUGUCCGUCCUCUUGGCAGGGUGAGCUCGCUGGCUAACCUCAUCUCCCCCGUGAGGAAUGGGGCCGUCCGGCGCUUCGGCCAGACCAUCCAGUCCAUGUCCUUCCGGGGCGAUGGCAGUGGUGGCAAGACGCCGGGCGUGCCCCAGAAGCCAUGCAGUAAGGCGGCGGCGCCCACGCCACCCAAGAGACGCAACAGCACGCUGUGGUCAGAGACCUUAGACGUCCACCAGAAGGGCACCUUCUCCACCAAGGAGAUCAAGAGACAGGAGGCCAUAUUUGAGUUGACUCGCGGAGAACAGGACUUGAUUGAGGACCUCCAGCUCGCACGCAAGGCGUACCACGACCCCAUGCUGAAGCUGAGUAUCAUGUCGGAGGAGGAGCUGAGCCAUAUCUUCGGGGACCUGGAUGCCUACAUCCCCCUCCACGAGGACCUGCUGGCCCAGCUGGCCACAGCCACCGGCCCCGACGGCACCGUGGGACAGAUAGGACAAAUCGUCGUCAGCUGGUUGCCAGGGCUGAAUGCAUACCGAGACUACUGCAGUAACCAGGUGGCGGCCAAGGCCCUGUUGGACCAGAAGAAACAGGACCGGAGGGUGCAGGACUUCCUGCAGCGCUGCCUGGAGUCUCCCUUCAGCAGGAAGCUGGACCUGUGGAGCUUCCUUGACAUCCCCCGCUCCCGCCUGUUCAAAUAUCCCCUCCUGCUCAAGGAGAUCCUCAAACACACGGCGCCCGAGCACCCUGACACACCCCACCUGGAGCUAGCGAUCACCAUCAUCCAGGAUGUGUUGUCUGACAUCAACAUGAAGAAGGGUGAGUCAGAGAGCCAGUACUACAUAGACAAGCUGGAGUAUCUGGACGACAGGCAAAGAGACCCGCGCAUCGACCAGUGCAAGAGUCUGUUGUGUCACGGCGAGCUACGCAACAAGAGCGGAACAAAGCUGCAUGUGUUCCUGUUCACAGAGCUGUUGGUGAUGACCCGGCCUGUGACGCGGAACGAGCACCACUGUUUCCAGGUGUACCGGCAGCCAAUCCCGGUGCAGGACCUGGUGCUGGAGGACCUGCAGGAUGGAGACGUCAAAAUGGGUGGCUCCUUCAGAGGAGCAUUCAGUAACUCAGACAAAGCCAAGAACAUCUUCCGUGUGCGUUUCCAUGACCCGUCUCGGGGCCAGUCCCACACGCUGCAGGUCAACGACAUCUUCCACAAGCAGCAGUGGCUCAACUGCCUGCGCAGCGCCAUCUCCGUCCACCACCCUGCCGACGUCACCACGCCCGCUUCCUCCCCGGCAGCCGACGCCCAGUCUAAGCGGCGCUCCUCCAAAAUCUCCUCCAUCAUCCACACGGAGGAGGCCGACGAGAACUGCCCUUUGACGCCCGCAGGUGCAACGUCCGCCUCCAGUUCGCUAUGCGGGGACGAGACCCCCAGUCCCACCUCAUCGUCUCCCUCCUCCCGCUCCUCAUCCUCCUCUUCAUCACCACUAUCCUCCCCGUCGCCCAAACACAAAACCAAAAAGGACAAGCGCUCCCUCAGUGCCUUAGGGAAGAGGAAGGAGACCAUGGUGUAGUUAGAGGGGAGAAAAUGGACUCCUUGGCGAGCGGACAAUAUGUUUGUACAUAAGGAGGGGGGGGGGGGGUGUUCCCUCCCUGUGGGACUUUUUAUUUAUGUGUCUGUGUGUUUUAUUAUUACAACAGUAUUUUGUGUUACUGUCCCCAUUGGCAGCUAUUUAGUUUACUCUUCCAUCCCUCCACUGUUUGGUUUUGUCCACAAAGGGGCUAAGUGCAUACCAUUCAGUAUUCUGGAGAGGCCUGCUUGGCUUUCAGUAAUUAGAGAGAAGUUGUGCAGAUUGUCCUGUUUACUGUUAGAUUUUUUUUAUUUUUAAGUUUUACUCCCUUUUUUUCAAUCUGAACUUACUUGUAGCUCUGUUUAAAACAGCACUGUUUAUGGCGCAGUGCUUAAGGGCGCUGUACUGCAGCGCCAGCUGUGCCAUCAGAGACUCUGGGUUCGCGCCCAGGCUCUGUUGUAACAGGCCCUCGACCGGGAGGUCCGUGGGGCGACGCACAAUUGGCCUAGUGUCGUCCAG